GUUCGACCUUCAAUGACCCUCAAACGUGACGUUGGGACAUCGCAAGUCGUUCUCGAGAAGACACUAACGACGCAUAUUCGGAACCCAUAUCUCCAGCCAUGUCUGACCCAGAACUAGCAACCAAGGCCCCGGAAUCCGACGCCAUGGAACCCUCCGCAAUCUCGUCCCAAGACUCCAAAACCCAGACUGGCGCAAGCAUGGGCGAGCACUGCCUUACAGACAGACCAAACCCGGACAAUCGCCAGCCAUCAGGCGAAAUGUCCAAGUUUGGAGACAUUGACGUCUACAUUUCCAAACCGGCCGACUAUCCCAACUCUCCCGCCAAGUUGCUGCUGCUCCUCACUGCCGGAACGGGCGUGCGCUCGAUCAACAACCAGGUUCAAGCCGAUAUGUAUGCGGCUGAAGGCUUCGUGGUGAUCAUGCCAGACCAAUUCAAGGGAGACUCUGCACCCAAUUCGAAGGCUACGGCCCCGGAAGAGAAUCCAGGCAUCCUCGAGCAGUUCAAGCUGAGGGCAGCGGAAACGGCGAAGUCAUUCCUCGUCGAUAUGUGGCUGGCGCGGCAGACCCCGGAGAAAGUCAUGCCGAUCAUAUUGAAGGUCAUUGAAGCAGCGAAAGCCGAGUAUGCGGACGCUGUAGCACAUGGGGAAGGCAUCUACUGUGUCGGAUAUUGCUUCGGUGGUAAAUACGCAAUCAUGCUUGCUGGCGCGCAUCCCGAUUCCGUAAUGGCAGGUCAAGCCGCAAAGGAUGAAGAAGCGGGCAUGGCCCAGCAAGGACCAUUGAUCAAGGCGGGCGCUGCCGCUCAUGCAACGCUUGUGACUCGAGAUGAUUUGAAGGCCGUCAAGGCUCCGUUGACGAUGGUUUGUGUCGAGAACGAUCCACUGUUCCCCGAGGAGAUCCUUGAGGAUGGAAGAAAGCAUUUCGCGACGAGCAAUGUUGAACAUGAGAUCAAGACGUACUCUAAUGUGCCGCAUGGUUUUGCUGUUUACGGAGACUACAAUUCACCUGCAAUCAGAGAGGCACAAGCAUCAGCCUUGAAACAGAUGCUCGACUGGCUCAAGUCUCAUUGAAACCGGCUGGCCACGAUGUACUCUCACAAUUUGCGAGAUAGCUAUGCUGCUGCACGAAAACAAUGCUGUCAACAUUACGACCACCUAGGAUACCCAUGAAUGUGUAAACGAAUCCGAUGUGAUAUGGAUCCAAGAGGCCACGAAGGGAAGCGGCGGAGAUACGAAUAGGAUUGGCUCUGAUGGUCUCUUCUGCUGGCUAGGCAAGCUCUCUGCUUGACGACCCCUGUGGUUCUAUGAUAGCGGAGCAGGUGCUGCUCCUGCCUUCAAUAUUGGUAGCGAAAUAUUCGAUCCUUCCAUCC